AAGCCUUCAACAUUUACUUCAUAUACAAUACUACAACAACAACAGAACAGCAAACAAAGAAAAAAAAAAGUUUUUUUUUUACAAAUACACAAACUCCAUUUUCAACCUCCUUUCCUAUUCUCUUCUUAUUGUUCUUCUUCUCUUUGUUCUUCAUUAAAUAGAUUCCUUUCUUUUGGGUUUUUUGGGGUUUGAUUUUACAGAUUUCAUCUUUUAAAACCCAAUCUUUUAAAGUUUUGUAACAUUUAGUUCAUGAUUUAUGAUUUAUAAAAAUCAUUCACUUUUUAAAUACUAAAAAUUGAUUCCGGGUUUGUCUGAAUUUUAAUUCUCUUACCUAAAUUUCAUCUGGGGUUUUGUCAAAACUGACCACCUUUUAGUGUUUAAGGUGAAGAGAAUAAAUUAUUUUUUAUUUGAAUUAUUUUUGGUAAAAAAAUUAUAAUAAAUUUUUUUGGGUUUCCCAGAAAUUAACUUCCAUUUGUGUAUAUUUGUAAAAUUUGUAAAAAAAUUGUAAAAAGGGGAAGGACAUGGGCAAGCAAGGACCUUGCUAUCACUGUGGUGUUACAAGCACUCCACUUUGGCGCAAUGGUCCCCCUGAAAAGCCUGUUCUCUGCAAUGCGUGUGGAUCACGAUGGAGGACAAAGGGAACUCUUGCAAAUUACACCCCUCUGCAUGCCAGAAUUGAUCCUGAUGAUUAUGAGGACCAUAAGUUGGCCAGAGUGAAGACCAUUUCUCUUAAGAAAGAGGACGAUAAGUUAAGCAAAAGGAAAAUGAAUUUUGAAAAUAUGAUAGAUGGAGGGUUCAACCCUGAUCACAGCCAGGGAUUUACGAAAAAUAUUGAUGAGGAUACCAGUAAUAGAUCAAGUUCAGGCUCUGCCAUAUCAAAUUCUGAUAGCUGUGCUCAGUUUGGCAGUGCAGAUGCUAGUGAAUUGACAGGUCCAGCACAAUCCAUUGUGUGGGAUGCGCUGGUUCCGUCAAGGAAAAGAACGUGUGUAGUUCGUACUAAGCAAUCUCCCAUAGAGAAGCUGACAAGGGACCUACGUACCAUCUUACGUGAACAGGCUUCUCACCUUUCAGUUUCCUCUGAGGAAUUGCUUUAUGAGAAUGAGGCCCCGAUGGUAUCGGUUGAAAUAGGUCAUGGCAGUGUUCUUAUUAGACACCCAAGCUCUAUAGCUCGAGAAGAGGAAUCUGAAGCUAGUUCCAUUUCAGUUGAUAAUAAAUUUUGCAGAACAGAUGAAGGCUACUCAAAUCCUGUUUCUAUGCUGAAGGUUAAUGACAGUAAGAGUGUGAUUAAUGCCUGCUCGGGAGUGGAAAAGGCUAAGAAGCUAAAUGGCCAUUUAAUACAACUGCCACAAGUCAAGAGGGAAAAAUACAAUCAUGAGAAGUAUCAAAUUUUGUGGAAUCACUAUUCUCCUCUGAUCCACAUUGACUUGAGUGAAAUUAUCAAUGCUGAUAUAUUCUGUGGUCACUUUACGGAUGAGGAACAACAGGAUUUGCUCAAGUAUCUUCCAACUAUUGAUACUUCCACAGUAUCUGAUAGUCUCGGAAGCAUGUUUACCAGCAUGCAUUUCAAGGAGAACCUAUCUUCCUUCCAGCAGCUGCUUGCAGAUGGGGUGUUUGAUAGUUAUUUUUCUGGAGUACAAGCUGAAGACUGUGAGGUCUUUAAGAGACUUGCAUUAACCAAUAUGGCUAAGUGCAAAUGGGUGGAAUAUUACAAUAUGCUUAAGGAGAAGAAAACUAAAGAGAGUAGCGGAGAAUCUACCCGCAUAUCCGAAGCGAAAUCUGGCUUUUCUGGUAACCUUUUCAAUGCUAAAAGAUCACAAGAUAGCCAAAAUCAUCUUUGGCAAGAAACAAAAAGUGUAACGAGAAACCCCAAAAGUAAGCAGCUCUUGCAGAAUGAAGGUUCAUGCUUUACUCAAACACCAAGAAGCCUGUUCACAUUUCCGAAAAACGGUAGUUUUCUCAAGCUUGAAUCCUACCAAUUUGAAGAUGAGAGCUCUGAUCAGGAUCUACUGCUCGAUGUUCCAUCCAAUGGAUCCUUUCCGCAGGCUGAGGCUGAGCUCUUCUGCCCUGCGUCUAGUUUUGUAUCUCAACAAGCUAGUGUAAGUAGUAGUUCUAUACACCUAUCUCAUCUCCACCCCUGACAAGUACCAAGCAAAUGUUUCGACCCACAAACAGUGUACAAUGACAUCCAAAUCCACCGAACAAAUUUUCUUUGGAUGCUGUUUAAUAGUUUUGUAUAAUCCCGUCUCCCGCCCCCAACGCUGCGUAUUUUGAACAUGGAUGGCAAUGGGAGUAUGUGGGUUGCUAUUUUUGUAUAGGUUGAUGAUGAUAGCAUGUAGCAUAUGUAGCCAUAAUGCAGAAGAGAUGGUAAGAUUUUGGGGGUACUUUAAACAGCUUAUUUUCUGGUAGAUUGACAUAUGAUACCCUUAUCGGGUGAACUAUGUUAUGGAGGAAGUACAUAGCUUCCCAAAUAGUGAUAAAGACGGAAAUGAGCAACGGUCAUCCUCAUU